AUGAAGCUUGGUGUUGCUCCACCUGCAAAUAGAGGCAUUGGCAUACUUGACUUCAUCCUCAGGCUUAUCGCCAUCACCGGAACCCUAGCCGGUGCGAUCGCUAUGGCUACAACCAAUCAAACGCUUCCAUUUUUCUCUCGUUUCGUUCGGUUUAGAGCAAAGUUCGACGAUCUCCCUUCCUUUGCGUUUUUCGUGGUGGCGAGUUCGAUAGUGAGCGUGUACCUCAUUCUUUCGCUAGCUUUCUCCGUCCUACACAUCGUGAAGGCUAAUGCAGUCAACAGUCGGGUCCUCUUGCUUUUUCUCGACACGGCGGCAAUGGGUUUGCUGAUGGCGGGCUCAUCGGCGGCAGCAGCGAUCGUGCAGUUGGCACACGAGGGCAACAACAAAGUCAACUGGUUUGCGAUCUGUGUACAGUACAACUCGUUCUGCAAACGCGUGUCGGGAUCCUUGAUCGGGUCUUAUGCUGGCGUUCUCAUGUUGAUUCUCUUGAUCUUGCUUUCCGGUGUCGCUCUUUCUCGACGUUGA